CUGAGACCCUCCCCGUCCUCUCUCCAUCCUCAUUCCUGCUCUUACGCUCACAUUCUCCUCCACAGUCCUGACCCCAAGCUUUGGCUCUGUCAGCCAUCAUCAUUGCUCUGUGUUUUGUAGAGGUGUUUGGAAGUGAUGGAGGAUCUAGAUGCCUUACUUGCAGACCUGCAGGUCACAUCUCCACCUCGAUGUCCAGUCUUGUUAACUGAUUGUGAUGAAAGCUCUGAGAGGUGUGAACAGCGGCCUCCACCGCCACCCUAUGAUCCUAAGGCGAGAUGCGAUAAUAUUGCAUCCACUGUACCCGGAGUGACGUGUCCUUCAUUUUCUCUGCAUUUUCCUCAAAAGGCCUUGACCUUCACCAGCACUGACCUGGAGAACGACCCCACAGACAGAAGCCAUCUUUACAGCACAGUAAAAAAGUGUGGCCUCCCCUCAGUAUCGGCGAGUGUAGGGGGUGGCUUGUGUGAGCUGGAUCGUCUACUCAAUGAGCUUAAUGCUACUCAGUUUAAUAUUACAGAUGAGAUCAUGUCCCAGUUUCCACCAAGAGAGAAAAGCGGAACAGAAAUACCAGAUGAGCGGAGGGCUUUGUCGGCAUCCUCGGCCACCCUGGAGUUGGACAAACUGAUGGCAUCGCUUUCUGAUUUUCACAAACAAAACACGAUGUCUGUGACGCAGCAGCCUGAUGCCACCAGUUCUAGAAGCUCGGGAUUGCAUUCUGGCCCUGUAGAAACCAAAAUCAAUGAGACUAAUCCUGGAGACCCAGAGGUGCAGAGUUCUGAAGGGUCAAGUUCUGAAGUAACACAAGAUGGUUCUGCUGCACAGAAGAGACUUCCAGAAGAAAUGCUCCCCACUAAAUGUACAGAACCUGAUGGUAAAAGUGACCUGGACUCUAUGAUGGUAAAACUUCAGUCUGGUCUCAAACAGCAAGGAAUAGAAACACUCCCCAAAGGCCUGUGUGAAAGCUGCCAGAGACCGAUAGCAGGACAGGUGGUGACUGCAUUAGGACAUGCUUGGCAUCCUGAACACUUUGUUUGUGCCCACUGUAAGUCACUCAUUGGAACUACAAAUUUUUUUGAGAAAGAUGGACGUCCAUAUUGUGAAAGGGAUUAUUUUACACUAUAUGCCCCACGCUGUGCACUGUGUGACCUACCCAUCUUACAGAAUUUAGUCACAGCUCUUGGACAGACCUGGCAUCCAGAGCAUUUUUGUUGCAAAAUCUGCAGAAAACCAAUUGGAGAAGAAGGAUUCCACGAGAAGGACAGUGAUCCCUAUUGCUCAUAUGAUUAUUAUCGUCUGUUUGGAACAGUUUGUGCCGGUUGUUCUGAACCUGUGAAGGAAAGUUACAUAUCAGCGCUAAAUGGAUUAUGGCAUCCUCAAUGUUUUGUGUGUCACGUGUGUCACACCCCAUUCCUUAAUGGAAGUUUCUUUGAGAAUGAUGGCCUUCCGCUGUGCGAGACCCAUUACCACUCGUGUCGUGGCUCACUCUGCGCUGGGUGCGAUAAGCCUAUAACUGGGCGAUGUGUGACCGCAAUGGGACGCAAGUUUCAUCCACAGCAUUUGAGUUGCACUUUUUGCUUACGGCAACUUAACAAAGGCACCUUCCGAGAACAGGAAGGCAAACCGUAUUGUCAGGCAUGUUUCGCCCGCUUGUAUGGAUAAAUAUUUA